CACUUGUAGCAACUAUCCAAAGAUGAGCUAGUUUGCUUUUUACAACACAGCGACUGGAGUCGAAAGACACGAUGUGAUUAUUUGUAACUGUCUAACAGCUACAACAUUGCCGAACUAGUUAAUUGUGUGUGGCUGGUGUUGUUGCCGAAUAUAAAGACAAGACUCAUUUGCUGUGUCGUUUUUUUUUUCUUCUUACGGGUCUGUAACAUGGAUAUAUGGCCUUGUGGGAACUCUAACCCUAUCAAGGCCACAUCACCCCUAACCCCCCACACCCUUUUAAAUCCAGAAUAUCAACACAACAAAGAUGGAGGAGCUCCAUACCCACUGCCUGAACUGUGUGAACCGGAGGUGUAUGAUUCGCACAGAGACUGGUAUGUCCUGUGAUCUCAUUGGCUGUCCUCUUGUCUGUGGGGCAGUCUUCCACUCCUGUAAAGAGGAGGAGCAUCAUUUACUAUGCCCGUUUGAAAGAGUGCCUUGCCUCAACACUGGAUUUGGGUGCCCUUUCACUAUCCCCCGGAUUAAGAUGGCUAAACACCUUGAGACGUGCCCGGCCAGUGUGGUGUGUUGCACCAUGGAGUGGAACCGUUGGCCUGUGAGCUAUUCAGACAGGAAGUCCUAUGAGCAUUUGAGCAAUGUUGAAGUGGUGGAGCAGCUAGACAUGGCCCUGGCUCUGCAAGAUCAGAGGAUGCUACUGGAGUCUCUUAGAGUCACCACCAACACGUCAAAGAACAGAUCUAGUAAAUCGGCUGAGGAAACGUGUUACAAGAUCGCUGAUGUAAUGUCAAGUGUACCAGAGACUGACAUUAGUAAUGGAACGGUUGAAAUGGAUGAGGCUGCUGCUUUGACUAAUGGAGUGGUUGAAAUGGAAGAUGAUGAUGAGUCUUAUAGUGAGGUACACAAAAUAAAGUUAGCAGCUACCUUGGCUGUCCUCAGAACUGCCAAGGACAUAGACUUGAUCAGUGUAAAUGUUGAAAACGGUGAGAGAGAAGGGGUUCUCCAUAGGGGAGAGGACAGUGAUAAUGAUAAUCAUAAUGAUUUGAAGAAUGUAGAGAUGAAGGCAAGUGACACAGAGUCGGGCUGUGAGCUCGGAGCAGUGGGCGGAGUCGGAGUGGACUGUGGAUUUGGAACAGACGGGCAGGGAGACGAGAGCUAUUGGAUAGAGUCUUCAGAGGAAGUGGAGAAGGACCAUGUGAUGGGUCUUGCUGAGGUGGGUUGUCCUCCUCUCAGUAAUGGUUUCAACCAUGCAGGAGACAACCAAAAUCACUUGAGACAUCGUGAGUGGAUGGAUCUGAGCAGAUCUCUACCCAGACGCUCUGAAGUCAACAGGUUUUCAGACUUCAGGCUGGUGAUGCCUUAUCUCUCCAUGCCUAAUAUAGUAGCACCCCUGGAGACCUCUGGGCCCCACCCUCCACCACUACCCAUCCACCUGCCUCUUCCCAUGCCUCUCCCUAAUCUGGAGCCCUACAACAUGCUCCAGCAUCUGCCCUUGGAGAUAGAAGACAGGUGGCUGGAGAGGAAACUUCAGAACCUCCAGGUGCUCAGAGGGAUGAGUGUGUUUACAUUUAACGGGCGCAGGGCUCUGAUGUCUGACCCCUAUCUGUUCAGAGCCAAAAUGGAGGACAAGUCAGUGGACACCUCAGACCUGGAGGUAACUGACGAUCCAUUGGGGCUCCAUGGAAUCGACCUAAUCACGGCAGCACUGCUCUUCUGUCUGGGGGACUCCCCUGGGGGCCGCAGCAUCUCAGACAGCAGGUUUGUAGACGGCUACCACGUCGACUUUGGUACCCAGACCUUCUCCUUCCCCUCGGCUAUACUGGCCACUAACACCAUGGUGGGGGAUAUCGCCUCAGCGUCGGCCUGUGAUCACGCCAGCCCUCAGCUUUCCAACCCCAGCCCCUUCCACUCUCUCCGGCUGGACCUGGUUCUGGAGUGCGUGGCCCGUUACCAGACCAAGCAGCGCACCAUGUUCACCUUCGUGUGUGGACAGCUGUUCCGCAGGGACGAGUUCUCUUCGCAUUUCAAAAAUGUUCACGGGGACAUCCACGCCGGCCUGAACGGCUGGCUGGAGCACCGCUGUCCCCUGGCCUACUACGGCUGCACCUAUUCCCAGAGACGCUUCUGUCCCUCUGUUCAGGGCUCCAGGAUCAUCCAUGACAGACACCUGGGCUCGUUUGGGGUGCGGCCCGACAUGCCUCCCCAGUACGGCGAUAAAACCCUCCCCAGGAAUGCCUGUCGGUUCGGGUCCACCUGCGACCACCUGAGCUCCUUGCCCUUCGAGCUGCAACAGUAUGUGGCCAGUUUCCUGGAUGGCUUCAGCCUGUGCCAGUUUUCCAGGGUCUCUCGGACAAUGAGGGAUGUGUGUGGCAGUUUACUGCAGUCCAGGGGCAUGGUGGUGCUGCUCUGGGAGAACACACGAAGGCCUGAUGGGUCAUCCUCAUGGCAGAUCCAAAACAAGGUGUGGCGAUUUAGCACAGCCUUCGGUACAGUGAAGGAGUGGAAGUUUGCCAACAUCACCAGUAUGGCCGACCAUCUGAAGAAGUGCAAGUUUAACACCAUCACCUGUCGGGACGAGGCCAUCCCUCUGCCCUGCAUGUGCUUAUCCAGAGAGCUCACCAAAGAGGGACGUUCACUGCGCUCAGUCCUCAAGCCAGUAUUAUGAGUAACUCUAUAAAAGGGUUAGAGUCCAUGGGUUAUGUCUAAAAUGGUACCCUAUUAAAAGUAGUGCACUAUGUAAGCGUUAGGGUACUAUUAUGGACGUAGCUCAUUUCAAUCAAUUCAGUUCUUACAGAAGUACUCCCAGAAUUCACUGAAUUGAAAUGCACUUCCAACCCUGCUCUAUGAUAAGCAAAUACAAAAUGCUGCUAU